AUGUCAAACGAAAGGGUGUCAUUUCAAAUGGAUGAUGCCAGCAUUCAUUCAAGCCAUACCGAACCUAUGGACGAUGCGAACACUGGCUCAAAGCAUGUUGAAUCUAGUGAUAAUUUCGGCGCUGAUUCGAACCCAAAUCAUCUUGAAUCUAAGGAUGAUGUUAGUAUUCGUGUAAAGCAGCGCAUCGAGACGAAUUAUGGUCAAGGGGGUUUUCAUCCGGUACACCUCAACGAUACCUUCAAGCAUGAUCGCUACAAGGUCAUACACAAACUAGGACAUGGAGGAUUUGCGACCGUAUGGCUUGCACGAGAUAUUAAGAGAGAAAGAUAUGUUGCUUUGAAAGUUCUCGCAUCACGAUUGUCAAGUGGUUCACCAGAAGUUUCCAUAUUACGCGCAAUGAAAGAUAGUUCAGAGCAUAUUGGAAAGUCUCACGUCAUGUCCUUGCUAGAUCAUUUUACCCACCGCGGCCCAAAUGGAACUCAUUUAUGCCUUGUCUCAGAGGUUGGAGGCCCUAGCAUCAAAGAGUUCAAUGAUUGUCCUGGUGAAUACAAAGGAAGUCGUCGUUUGAAAGCAUCUGUAGCCCGAGACGUUUGUUCGCAGGUUAUAAAUGGCUUGGAUUACAUUCAUAUUACCGGUAUCGUUCAUGGAGAUCUCACUCCUGCCAAUAUCUUAUUACGGCUUGCCAAUAUCGAUGAGUGGACCGAAGACCAAAUCCACGAAAGAUUAGGUGUCCCUCAAAAACAAGAGAUUGAUCGUUCCAGCUCUCAGCUCACAGCAUCAGCAUCUUCCUUCCCCGAUUAUGCAGUUGUCGCAAUCAAUAUGAAGGAAGUGAAUCCUAUCUGGCUAUCCGAUAAAAUCAUUAUAAUUGAUUUCGGUAUCGGCUUUUUUCUAAAGAAGUCAUCCUUAGACUUUGGUACCCCCAAAAGCUACUGCGCACCCGAGUUCUUGUUUGGAGGCCAUCGAAGUAUCGCUUCAGACGUCUGGGCUUUGGGAUGCACAAUAUUCGAAAUCCGUACGGGAUCUCGAUUGUUCAAAUAUAAUGGCAUCCCAACCAAGGAUGAGAUGUUGAUAGCUACAGUGAAGCUUUUAGGAACUCUUCCUGAUAAAUGGUGGGCUGAAUGGCGAGAAGGUCUGGAAUGGUAUAAAAAACAACCUGUAAUCACUACAGCGAUGAGGGUAGGGGAUAUACUUGAACAGAUCUUGGAGACCGGUGCACAUGACGGCGAUGUUCCUGAACGAACCAAACGUAAUAUUGAAGCUUUGAAUUGUAUUAGAGACCUCAAGAAGAAUUCUCUCAACAGCAUUCCCGAGAGAACAGAAGAACUUGUACGGAUUGCUGAGAAUAUGAGAACUAGCGAAGCAGGCGAGGUGCUGAGACUGGUACAUAGUUCUGGCCAACGACAAUCUGCUUCUGGUUCCUUGGAGGAUAUAAAAGUUUCGGGAUCAUCCUCAGACCCAAAAGGUUCUGGCUCCAAGAGUUCGGAAGCCAAAAGUUCGGAAGCCAGAAGUUCUGAGGCCAAGAGUUCAGAUGCUAAAAGCUCGGGGAAGACUCCAUCCUCUGAGGGUGUCUCUACCGGCAUGCCCGAAAUAAAGACUGCUACAGUGUUCUCUGGAGUAGUCGAGGAGCCUAAAAUCGAAGCUUCCGCAAAUGCAUCCGAUUCUAAAGAUGAUGCGACUCGAGACAUGGUAAUUUCUUCCGAUAAAUAUUUUUUACAUUGUGGCCCUGCUCAUCUUCAUACUUUUCUCGAGCCUCCCGGCUUGAGAAUAUCCGUUGCCGAAGCCAAAUCCUUCGAAGAUUUACUACGAAAGUCUCUGAGAUACUUGCCUGAAGAACGCAGCACUGCUUCGGAGUUAGCGAAACACAUUUGGCUCUCUGGUAUGUUUAAUGAGACCGAUCUAAAGCCAGCAUCAAGCACAAGUCUCGCAAUCUAA